AUCGAACCAUACAGCCCACAACAACAAGAUUAUAUAUUUCCAUUCUUUCUUUCUAUCCAAAGUAAAAGGAGAAGAAAAUAAAAAUAAAAAUAAAUGUACAACAGAUUUAGCAACAUAGUGAUAGGUGUGUUGAACCUACUCACUCUCCUAUCAUCCAUUCCCAUCAUCGGCGCCGGGCUAUGGAUGGCGAGGAGUAGCGCGACCUGUCAGAAGUUCCUCCAGGCGCCGCUCCUCGCCAUCGGCUUCGUGAUCCUCGUCAUAUCUCUCACCGGUUUUAUAGGGGCGUGGUUUCGCGUCCCGUGGGCACUGUGGUUCUACCUUGUCGCCGUGCUUCUCCUCAUAGGGGCACUUUUGGGAUUUACCAUCUUCGGGUUCGUCGUGACGAGUCCCCGCGGAGGCGCAGGUGUUCCUAAAACGUUGUACAGAGAGAGUAGUCUCGAGAACUACUCGCCCUGGUUGAGGGAUAGGGUGAGGAAUCCCCAUUCUUGGAUGGCCAUUAGGGCUUGCAUUUUAGGCUCCAAGACUUGUGCUAGUAUUACUAGUUCUUAUGAUUUUGUCCUCAAGGAUAUGUCCCCCUUGCAGUGCGGGUGCUGCAAGCCGCCAGCCUCCUGCAACUACCCGGCGGCCGCAGAAUAUACGGCGGCGGAUUGUUACAGGUGGAGCUCCGACCCGAAUGUGCUAUGCUACGGCUGCGAUUCGUGUAAAGCGGCGGUAGCCGAGGAGGUGAGCAAGGAGUGGCGGAGGAUAUCGGUGGUAAACAUCGUCGUCCUUAUUUUGCUGGUCGGCGUCUACUGCAUCGGCUGCUGCGCUUUCCGUAACGCCAGGCGGGCCGACAGCGAGUUCGAGUACGGCCAGAACCGGAUCUCCAAACUCCGGCCCAGAUGGGAUUUCCAUUGUUGGAGAUGGCUGCAUUACCGGAGACACCAACUUCACUAGCCAAUGUCGAUGUUCCUAAGUUUUCUAAUGUCUUCUUUGUUAGUUCUUAUGCAAGUUUGAAUUUCGGACAUCAUCUCUCGUGUUGAAACAAUCUAUCCAUCUAUGUAUGUUCUCUUAUUAUUUUUUUUCUUUGCACCAACGAAACAAUGUCGGCAAAUCCUUCUCUUAUUAUUUUUUUCUUUGCACCAUACUAAUUAUUUUUUAAAUAAUUAUUUAUCUAUUUUUCUUAAUAAAUAAAUUCUUUUGUU